UCUCAUUGACGAAUAAGUCCUAUGGUCUUAUUGAACCCCCUCUUAUCUGGUGUGAGCAUCUGAAUCCAUUCUUCUGUGUAAAGACGACAGUUCUGGUUUCAUAUGUCGGUGACAGAGGAAGAAUGAGGCGUCGUCACCACAGUCCAGCGGUUCCUCUCAGACGUGACGCAGACCACCGUCACUUCCUUGUUCUUGCUCCAGGUAGUUGAUGUGGAUGAGGAAACUUCACUUCUGCUCCGGACUGUGAUUACUGUCGAAGCGGUGAGGCGAGCCACUGGGACAUGGCUGCCUGGGACUCGGACGUGGACUUGAACUCGGCCCCGCUGUCCGCGCUCAACGUCACGGUGAGGAAGAAGUUGGGGCUCUAUCUGAACCCCAAAACCACGGUGGCCGCCGAUUGGUCCGCGGUGGCCGAGGAGAUGGGCUUCUCCUACCUGGAGAUCCAGAACUACGAGACCGCCAACAACCCCACCAUGCGGGUGCUGGAGGGGUGGCAGGCCGGAAACACGGACGCCACGGUGGGGAAGCUGCUGGCCAUCCUGAACAAAUGUGACAGGCGAGACAUCGUGGAGGACCUGCAGUCGCUCAUAGAUAAUGAUGUCAAGAAGUAUCACGAGAGGCUGAAGAAUAUGAAGUCUGACCCGCCUGUUCAGGUGCCAGAGGUGGACAGCUGUGCCCCUCGCACCCUUGAGAACAAAGGUAUCACCCUGGAUGACGACCCUGAAGGUUCUCCGGAGAUGUUCGACGCCUUCAUCUGCUACUGCGAGUCCGACAUCCAGUUUGUGCACGAGAUGAUCCGCGAGCUGGAGCAGACGGACUACAAGCUGAAGCUGUGUGUGUUUGAUAGAAACGUCCUCCCGGGCUCGUGUGUGUGGACCAUCACCAGUGAACUCAUUGAGAAAAGGUGUAAGAGGAUGGUGGUGGUGAUCUCUGAUGAGUACCUGGAGAGCAGCGCCUGCGCCUUCCAGACCAAGUUUGCUCUCAGCCUCAGUCCUGGUGCACAAAGCAAAAGGCUGAUCCCGGUGAUUUACAAGUCGAUGAAAAAGCCCUUCCCCAGCAUCCUGCGCUUCCUCACGGUCUGCGACUACACCCGGCCGUGCACCCAGGCUUGGUUCUGGGUCCGACUGGCACGGGCCCUGUCACUGCCAUGAGAGGAACUGCGUUCACCAUUCUUGCACUGUGCCAAAAGGGGAACACGCUUUUAAGUAAAUAAUGACUAAAUAAAUGCAGAUGCAAUAAAAAAUGCUUGUAUGAUGUCAUCUAUUUGACAUCUGCAGUGAAAUCAUUGUUUGUAUUCAGGAAUAUGUGUUUGGGUUACAGUAAGAUGGCUAACAGUUAUUACUGUUAGUGAUAUAUUGAGGAAUGUCUUUGUACUUUUUGUACAUUUUGUUACUUAUAUAAUUCAGAUCAAUUUCAACUUCUAUUACCACUUUUAAAAUGGACCAGAAAAUACUGAGGUUCUGAGUAGUACUCACUUGUAACAGGAAGAAACAAUGUUUGUUAUUGUCUUUUAUGACUAGGUUCUCAACCAUCUUGUGGAUAUUUGUCAAUGUGAAUUGUGCCUUUGAGUGUUUUGCCCACAACUUCCUUUAUUGAGUUAACUUUUACAUUCUGAUGGCGUACCAGAAGUAUUAAUAUUAAUUCUUUCAACAUGUCCGUCGAGGCAGAACCACUCUUGUUUUUUUUUUUGUAAAUGUCUGCUUCGGACAAAACAAGCAAAAUACAAAGCAACUGCUUUGAAAACAUAACCUCGGUGGUGAAGACGUUUAAUUCCAAACGAGGCUUUGUACGAUAUUCUCCACAGGGUGUCGCUGUUGUUCACAUCUGGUCAGAUGACCAUCCAAAUUGAACAUUUGUUUCUACUUGAUUUCUCUUACUGAAAUGCUUUUUAAUAAAGUGUUUAAAUAU